GUCAGCAUCAGUCACUGUCAGCACCUAUACUAAUGUAGUUUAGACUAUCUAAAGUGCAUAGCGGUGUCAAAAUUUGUCUUUGUUCUCCUCUCGCAUGCCCAAUAAGACCUGCAAACCGUGGGAGAAGCCAGCUCCCUACAAGCGGCGUCAUGAUUACGAGUUUCCAGGUGGGGACAACGAGAUUGUCGAGGAAGUUCGAAGACAAAUGGCAAUUGAAAGGGGGGAUAUCAUAGAGCUGGAUUCAGAUAGCGAGGACGGCGACGAAGAUGAAAACGUGACGCCGGAGUACACUCUCACACAAGUAUUCAUGCUGUGCCAGCAACUCGAAGAUGCUUGCCUUCAAUUUGGUGAACUUGAGCUCUCAUUUGAUCUCUCAAAACGGCUGCGGGCAAUUAGGGCUGGUGUGCGCAGAGAGGAAAUUCGUGGAGCAAAGCAGACAACAAUAGAUUCGUACUUCGGCGGUAAAUAG